GGAGCGCUGAACUCUUCCGUCAAUUGUCAAUUGAUCCGGAAUCAGCUUUUUGUUUGCCGACUUCAUCUUCCAGCCACUAACUUUCCUUGUUACCUUCUAACAUCUGGCAUACAUGUUCUACAUUAUUGGCUUGGGUCUCUGCGAUGAAAAGGAUAUAACCGUCCGAGGGUUGGAGGCAAUAAAAGGAUGUUCUCGAGUGUACCUUGAGGCUUAUACAAGUAUUCUGAUGGUUCAGAAGGAGAGACUGGAAGCAUUCUACGGAAAGGACCUGAUCCUCGCUGAUCGAGACAUGGUGGAGACUGAAAGCGACGAGAUCCUACGAGAUGCAGACAAAAAAGACGUUGCCCUACUCGUCGUAGGUGAUCCUUUCGGCGCAACGACACACACAGAUAUCAUUCUCAGGGCACGGUCGUUGAAGAUUCCUGUUAGAGUGGUGCAUAACGCUUCUAUCAUGAAUGCCAUAGGCGCAUGUGGAUUGCAAUUGUACAACUUUGGUCAGACUGUCUCUUUGGUCUUCUUCAGCGAAACUUGGAAACCCGAUAGCUUCUACGAUAGGAUCAAGGAGAAUGCAGACCUUGGGAUGCAUACGCUCGUCCUCCUUGAUAUCAAGGUAAAGGAGCAAAGUGAAGAAAAUCUUGCAAGGGGUCGAAAAAUCUACGAACCACCUCGGUACAUGUCGAUCACCCAAGCAGUCUCUCAGCUCAUAGAAAUUGAGGAGCUCCGAGAAGGCGGCAUCUUGACUCCGGACAAAACGCUUGCGAUCGCCAUGUCUCGUGUCGGUGGCAGCGAAGGGCAGGAGCGCAUUGUAUCCGGUACACUCUCAGAGUUACUAUCUCAACCCCCGGAGGUAUUUGGAGAACCUUUACACAGCCUGGUGAUAGUUGGUAGGCGACUACAUCAUCUCGAAGUGGAAUAUGCAGAGACGUUCGCUGUGAAUCGUGAGAGUUGGAGGUCUACUGCUAGAGAUGUAUAUGGCUGCGCCCUAGAUUAAUUCUAUGUUCUAUCGAGAAAGACUGAAUAAAAAGGUAAUUGCGUUACAGUAAUGGGAAUGUUUUCUGCUCGCGCGCUCUUGAGUUUUGU